AGCCCAUAAACCAAUACCACGUGGCAAGAGAAGAGUGCAUAUUUCAAAGGCACACGAACAUGUGAUUGGGAUCACCAACCACCACUUUCACUUAUCCAUUUCCAUUUCCAAUACACAUUCGCACGCAGUGCUGCAACUGCUUUUUUACUUUUUCUCCGCCAAAAUCAAAAGCCGUUAUUCCACCGUUCAGAAUGGCGUUACCGGUGGUGGUAGACGCUGAGUAUCUCAAAGAGAUCGAAAAAGCUCGCCGCGAUCUCCGAGCACUCAUCGCCAACAGAAACUGCGCUCCUAUCAUGCUUCGCUUAGCUUGGCACGAUGCUGGUACUUAUGAUGCUAAGACGAAAACCGGUGGACCUAAUGGUUCAAUUCGGAACGAGGAAGAGUAUUCUCACGACGCUAACAAUGGAUUGAAGAAAGCUAUUGAUUUCUGUGAGGAAGUGAAAGAAAGGCAUCCUAAGAUUUCAUAUGCAGACCUUUAUCAGCUUGCGGGUGUUGUUGCAGUUGAGAUUACUGGGGGUCCCACAGUCAACUUUGUUCCUGGAAGAAGGGAUUCAAAAGUAUGUACCAGAGAUGGGCGACUUCCCGAUGCUAAACAAGGUGUGUCGCAUCUACGUGAUAUCUUUUAUCGCAUGGGCUUGACUGACAAGGAUAUUGUUGCACUGUCUGGAGCACAUACCCUGGGAAGAGCACAUCCAGAGAGAUCAGGGUUUGAUGGACCAUGGACAGAGGACCCUCUGAAGUUUGAUAACUCAUAUUUUCAGAUACUUUUGGAACAAGAUUCUGCAGCGCUACUUAAACUUCCAACUGACAGGGCUUUAUUGGAUGAUCCUGAAUUUCGUCGUUAUGUUGAGCUGUACGCGAAGGACGAGGAUGCAUUUUUUCGAGAUUAUGCUGAAUCACAUAAGAAACUUUCAGAGCUUGGCUUUGUGCCAAGUUCAAAGGCCACAGGUCCUAAGGAUGCGACCGUACUGCUACAAAGUGCUGCUGGAGCUGUAGUUGCCGCUGCAGUGGUGAUCCUCGGUUACUUGUACGAGAAUAGCAAAAGAAAGAAGUAGACUUUGAUUUGAUCAGCCUUGUUGGAUGUCACAUUUCUGUAGGCCCUUAAUAAGCAGUAUUGAGUUCAUUUUUGAAGUUUCGGUCUUUGUUUUCUUAGUACACCAAUAAGAAUAAUGCUACAUUCUCCAGCUGUUGGGUAUAUGAAUAGACACUAAAUACAACUGAAUAUUCCAUUUAA